GCAGCCGGAUCCAGCCCGUAUGGAAGCCCCCAAAGUAAAAGCAGCCUCUACCGGUGCGCCGCGCGAGUCAGGAACGAACGAACGCCCAAGCCAAGAGGAGAGAGGCCAGCAGAAAACCCAGGGCGCGUCCAGCCAGCCGCCUGCGCACGCACCUCCUCCGCCCGCUGCUGCCAUGUCAUGACGACGCUCCGACGGCUCGCCGGCUCUUCGCCCUCUCCGUCGCCUCGUCUCCUCUCCCGCCUCCGCUCCGCCGCGGCCUCCGGUCUCCUGACGCGGCAGUACAGCACGAAGAAGGGAGGCGACGGCAUUGGUCUGCGGAACGGUGGCAGCUCUUCGGCGCCAAGGCCAGGAUUCGUGGAUCCUUCAUCGUGGAGAUGCUUUGACUCAAGGGCCGUUGGUAUUCCCCAGAAUGCUAUACCUCAUCAUGCGUGGACUAUUCUAAAAACACUCAGACUAAAAGGGUUUGAUGCUUAUCUUGUUGGGGGAUGUGUUAGAGAUUUGCUACUGAAAAGGAUACCUAAAGAUUUUGAUGUGAUCACUACUGCAAGUCUCAAACAGAUAAAGAAGAUGAUGAAACAUUGUGUAAUUAUAGGCAGACGCUUUCCAAUAUGUCAGAUUAAAAUGCAUGAAUCAACAAUUGAGGUUUCAAGCUUUAGUACGAAUGAUACUGAUAUGAAUGGAAGUGAAGAGGUAGAUUGCUCAGAAGGAGCAAAUAGUUAUAAUGAUGGGAAUAUUCUUCGCCGGAAUUCUAUGAAAAGAGACUUUACAAUAAAUAGUUUAUUCUUUAACCCAAUGAACUACAGAAUUUAUGAUUACGUGAAUGGAGUAAGUGAUAUGAGAAAAAAUAAGGUGUGUACAGUGAUUCCUGCCCAUGUUUCUUUCAAGGAGGACCCUGCCAGGAUUUUGCGUGGUUUGAGAAUUGCUGCCCGCCUUGGUUUCCAGUUUUCCAGCGAAACUUCUAAAGCAAUACGGGAUCUAUCUUCUUCUAUAAUGACUAUCCCCAAGGCAAGGUUGAUGAUGGAAAUGAAUUAUAUGCUAUCCUAUGGGGCGGCAGAGUCUACCGUUCGGUUACUUAGAAAGUAUGGACUACUUGAUAUUUUACUGCCUUUCCAGGCAGCAUAUUUGUCUGAUCAGAUGAAGGGAAGAUCAAGUGACCGAGAUUUGAUGCUCAUGAAACUAUUUGCUAAUCUUGAUAAAUUACUCUCAGCUGAUCGGCCAUGCCACCGCUCUUUGUGGCUAGCGCUGUUGGCAUUUCACAGUGCAUUGAUUAAUUCUCCACAAGAUGCCCAGGUAGUCAGGGCUUUUGCUGCAUUGCUGCAUUUCGGAACAUGGGAAAGCACCAUGAACUUCCUGGAACAAGAUGUUGGAGUUCGAGCUCCAUUUGUCCCAGAAACACUUGGGCCUUCUCAGACCAAACUGGAUAAUCUUAUGGAACAAAUAUCACAUCUAGCAUCUCUAGUCAAUUCUUCAGUACAAACAUUGACAUGUUUAGAUGCUCUGCAGCAAUCAGUAGCCAGACACUGGGAGCCUUCACAAUUUUCAGGAGUGGUGUUUGUGUCCAAAACCGAGGGGGGCAGGUUGUUGAGAAUAUUCGAGGGCCUUGAUUCUGACUUAACUUCAUAUGAUCGGAGACGAGGGAUGCGUCAGAUUGAUUACAGGCGGCUGAAAGAUUGGCAUCCUUCUGAGGUCCGCUUUGUUCUGGGUAAAGUGAUCUUGGACACUAUGAAUGAUGGGUUACCAUGUGCGUCAACCGAGGACACUGCUAUAACAAGAACGCCGUCUAGGAAUCUUGCCGAUGGAAUCCGUCCUGAGCUAUCCACAUUAUUUCAAUCGUAGUGAGGCAGCAAUCGUCUGUUCGUCGCUAGACACAAACUAGUCAGUCUCUUCUGUUCUCGGUCAAUGCUGCCAAACACUUCGAACUGCUCAGAUUUUGCUGGUACUGCAGGAUGGCCACAGCACAAACUUUUACUAACUGGUGCAUUAUUGUCGUAGCAAAACUUACCUGGAGAGAAUGGUAUCUAUGCCUUAGAACCCCCUGUUUCUUGUACAAUGUAGAGGGUAGACUGCAUAGGAAAUUUGUAAGGUUAUCUAGUUCACAUUUGUUCUGUUAUCUGUUGCUUCCUACAGUUUGAUUAAAUUAAGGUAACAUCCUUUAGACCCUUU